CUCUCUGCUCUGUAUCUGAAUGUGUUCAGCAUCAGUAUCACUUUAUAAAUGAGAGGAAGAACUGGACUGAAGCUCAGAGAUACUGCAGAGAGAAAUACACAGAUCUGGCCACCACUGAUGACAUGAACGACAUGAAGGAGCUGAACAAGAGUGUGACUGAUAGAAGUCUUCAGUAUGUCUGGAUUGGGCUGCAGAAGACGGGUCGUGAUAAAUGGCAGUGGUCUUCAGGUGAACCUGCGCUCUAUCUGAACUGGGCUACUGGACAACCAAAAGCUAAAGGAGAAGACUGUGGUAUGAUGACAAAUGGACAAUGGCAUGAUUUGACAUGUACUGAUAACCAAUAUUUCAUCUGCAACAACACGAACACAGGACUGGUCUUUGUCAAUCAGCUGAAGAGUUGGAGAGAUGCUCAGAGUUACUGCAGACAGAAUCACACUGAUCUGGUCAGUGUGAGGAACCAGAAUGAGAAUCAACAGGUUGAGAAGAUCAUCAGUGAUAAUCAUUUAUCUGGAUCAUGGAUCUGGAUCGGUCUGUUCAGAGACUCAUGGCAGUGGUCAGAUCAGAGUAACUCCUCAUUCAGAUACUGGAAAACUGCUGAACCUAAUAAUCAGGGAGGUGGUGAAAACUGUACAGUGAUUGAUCCGAACGCUCAGGGACAAUGGAAUGACAUCCAUUGCAUCAACCAGUAUCCUUUUGUGUGUUAUGAAGAUAAACUGAUUCUGAUCAAGGAGAAUCUGACGUGGUCUGAAGCUCUGAUAUACUGCAGACAGAAUCAUGUGGAUCUGGUCUCUGUUCAUUCAGAAGAGAUUCAGCGUCGUGUGAUGAACGUGGUUAAACGAGCGUCUACUGCGACGGUGUGGUUGGGUUUACACAACUACUACAGCAUGAACAUGUGGCUCUGGCUGAGUGGAGAGAUCGUGUUCUAUCAGAACUGGGCUCCAGGGAACGGAACAACAUGGGAAAACUGCAGCCUUGAGAAGAGAAAAGGAGCAGUUCAGUCUGGAGGAGAUCAGCGCUGGAUCAGCCUUCCUGAAUCUCACAAACUCAACUUCAUCUGCAGCAGAAAUUAAGAGCUAAUGUGUUUACUUUAACAGUUUUCAUAGGCCACUUCAUUAUUUUUCUGAUUUGCUUUUAUGUUUGAUUUGUUCUUUAGUAAGUUCUGAGUAAAUCUGCUUAUUGGGUUUUAAAAGUGGCGAAAAAUCUGUUUUAUUUCUGUGCUAUGAUAUAUGUGUAUCUGGUGUGGUUAUGACUCUGUAUGUUAACCAUAAAAAACAAUGUGUGUGUGUGUGUGUGUGUAAAGCCCCUUUCACACUGCACGUUGGACCCGGAAAAUUGCCAGAACAUUGCCGGAUCGCCUGUUGUGUAAACACAAACACGUCCCGGGGACCAAGUAACAUUGCUGGGUUCAGUCCCAGAACGAGCUCGGUGUGAACAAAAGCCAGAACAAAUGCCUUGUCGUAGUGAUGACACACGUUAUCAUGCGACUCUUUUACCGGGUGUUUUGAAGGCAGAUCAAUUUUCGCGAUGAAAAGCAGAGAUCAGGUAGCUCCUCCCUAUACGCGCUAAAGCUGAGAUCGUUCACCAGCUUCAGUGAAAGUUAACGUGACUAGCAUUUUU